UUGUCGACGCCGAUGCACCGCCACUGCAAUUGCAAUCAGCUUCGGGCUGAAGAAAGCGUAGCCACAGCGCAGCGACCAGUGGCCGAGCAACUAACCUGCCCACAGCUCGGAUGGCGAUUCAGUGCAGAAAUGGCCGUGGUUCGUUACGGAAAUGCAGCAGCAGCCCAGUGCAUCUGGCCUUACCGGUGGAGUGCAGUGUGCAGCAGUUGGUGGCCCUACAUUUUGGUGCUUUGUACGUUGACCCUUCCGCUGAGGGUAGUGGCACGUUCGAGUGAUGCGUUCGGCGGUUAUCCAACCGUUUUCUCAAUUGACGAAGAAGACGGUAUGCUGGAAACGUCUGAGCUGAUCCGUAAGUAUGGCUACCCGGUCGAGCAGUACGAGAUCACCACCGCCGACGGUUACAUCCUAACGUUGACGAGAAUCCCUCCGAUGCGCACCAAAUCCGACCAUUCCCUACCGGUGCUGCUGGUGCACGGGUUGUUUGCCAGCUCGGCCGAUUUCCUCAUCAUCGGGCCGAACAACAGUCUCGCCUACCUGCUGGCCGACCAGGGGCACGACGUGUGGCUGGCCGAUCUGCGCGGCAAUCGGUACUGCCGGCGCCACACCCACCUAUCAUCGGAUAGCCGCGAGUUCUGGGACUAUACCUGGCACGAAAUCGGCUACUACGAUCUGCCCGCCACGAUCGAUCACGUCCUGUCCGUGACGGGGGCAAGGCGCCUCCACUACAUCGGCUACUCGCAGGGUACGACCGUGUUCUUUGUGCUCGCCUCCACCCGGCCCGAAUACAACGCGAAAAUUGCCCGCAUGUACGCCCUCUCGCCGGCCGUCUACGUCCAGCAGGUGCGCAGUCCCAUCUUCCGCUGGCUGGCGGAAAACGGUCCCGCCGUCAAGUGCUUCCUGGACGCGGUCGGGAUGUGGCAGGUGCUGCCCCACAACCCUGUCCAGUACGCACUGCAGCGGACCCUGUGUCCGGCGCGUAUCGCCCGGCCCGUCUGUGUGCAUCUGAUCGAGCAGAUGGUUGGACCGAACCCAAACGGCACGGAUCGGCUAGCACAGCACAUCAUGGCCGGGCACAAUCCGUCCGGUGCGUCCAGCAAGCAGCUGCUACACUUUGCGCAGCUGAAUCGGUGCGGCCGCUUCCAGCAGUUCGCCUACGAGCGGACGGACCAGAACCUGGCCCACUACGGGCGGGAACAGCCGCCGGCGUACAAUUUGUCGGCCGUCACGGCACCGGUCGCCCUGUUUUACGCGCUCAACGAUUGGAUGGUUGGACCGGCGAACGUGGUGCGGCUGGCGGCUGAGCUGCCGAACGUUGUCUCGCUGACCGAGGUGCAGGAUCCGCACUUUAACCAUCUCGACUUUGUGGCGGCCAAACGGGUCCGUGCGCUCGUGUACGACAGCAUUCUGGAGCAGCUGCGCGACUUGUGAAAAGACUGGGAUGUCCGGAACCGUAUCGGUGUGGUGACGGCAUGUAAUUAUAAUGUUUAAUGUUAAUGUUAAUAAAGGUAUUAUCGUGAUUGGUUUGUUACUGUUUCGAUUGACGUGUGUUUCAAUUGUGACAAAUUGAGUUUACUAAUACUGUGUACAAUGUUGACAGGUUUAGGCGGCG